UCCACUUCUACACAGCAUCUUGAUGGUGAUACUCCAGCGAUUUUCUUUUUAGCUGUCAAAUUAACAACUAGUCUUCUGUUUGCUUUUGUUCCCACUGCAUUGUGUUUGUAUUAUCUUUUAAUGAGCUAAGCCAGAACAAGCUCGGUGUAAUAAAACGACAAUCUCUUGCUUGUCAUUGCUGCUUCUGCAAGACAUUUUAUUAUUUUGGGCAUCCGAUUUCCGUAGCACUAUAUUGAGCAGCAUAAGAAGCUUAAAAGGAUCUAUAGCAAAAAGGAACCAUGUCUUUUGAGCCUAAAAAAGCUGUAUCAGGUCUACCUGUGUAUCGGCUAUCACGUGGCCAGUCUUAUCAUGAACACACUAUUUGGAUUCCCAAGUUCUGCGUGGUUUCAGAUAACCAGAUGUUGUUACUAGACAAUGAAGAGAUCCAUCCUCUGCUGCUGCAGGAGAAUCGAGCUGAGUCAUGCAAAGCAAAGCUGCUGCGACGGACAAUCAGUGUUCCUGGUGGGAGCCAAUUCCCAGAAUACCAACCAGAGUUUUCACUGGAUCAUGGUGAGUGUGUCACAUAG